AGCAGAUAAAAUGACACAAUGCCAAGUGCAGCAGGACCUGAAUUUCCAGGUAUCUGUCUCGGUGAAUUCCUAUAUCUGUUGUUGUACGAAAGCACUAAAACAAGUUGUGCGGCUUUAGACGAGUGUUAUAUCUGCAGCUCAGAGCAAGCGGCUAAAGACACAUUCCAUGGCUCGUGAUGUCACCAGGAAGCAAUUUCAGUGAAAUAUGAAUAAUGGGUUUUAUUUUCUACUAUGCUCAGCCAAGUCCUCAGCUCUAAAAUCCUCGGAGGAGGCUCAGAGAGAAGCCAGACAAUAUCCUGACACCUGCACUGCAACUUCUCUCUCUCUUCUUGCUCUGCUAAUGGCAUUGCUUGGGCACCAUGCACUUUAUAUCUGACAAUCAGACAGACCUGGGGAAGGGCUGACACUUUGUCCGCAGUUUACCAGCCAUUGGAUUUUAUCAUCUCCAGCCAACAGGUGGAACGUUUCUUUUCCAGAGUGUCAAGGCUGAUCUUCCUCUGGCACAUCUCAAAGACAUCCCAGGGGGAAGAGACCAAGGAGUUUGCUAAGUUAAAAGUAACUGGCAUUGCUGGUAGAUGUUCCUCCAGAAGAACAUUUCUAAUGACACAACAGUUUUGAAGAAGAAGAAUGCGAAUCAUGGAUCGAAGGUGGAUAUAUUUCAUAUUUGCACUGUUUUCUAGUGUACCUCUCUCAUCGGCUUUGCCGAGUUUAAAAAUCUCAUCAGCUCUGUCUCCUAUGGGUUUCAGCAGCCAAUUGGGAAGCGUUCUCUCCAGACGGAAACGAGUAGCUGGCAUUGUUUCUCAAUACACGUUUGAUAUUGAAAUCAGUUUCCCAAAUGCUUCACUCCUGGAUGAUCUCAAACAAUACGUAAAGAGCUUGUCAUAUCCCAUUGCUCUAGACACUUCCAUUGCUACCAAGGUAUUAGCAAUAAAUGUAACAACAGUUUGCAGUAGAAGUGGAUCCAAUUCCCAGUGCUCCUGUGAAAAUGGCUACACGUGGUCUGGUAAUGUGUGUCGCAACUAUACAUCCUGCAUGGCAUCCAGUUCUCGGUGUACCUGCAUAAAUGAAACACCUCCAACAGGAACAUACUGUCAACGUAAUACAGCUAAAAAAAUAAAAAUGAGCCUUAGAAUCAUGGAAGAAUUUUCAGACGUUUUAAAAGACUUAUCGUCCCCCAUGUCCAAGAAUUACACAAGCCGGAUAGAAAGUGCGUUUGAUGACAGCUACGGAUCUUUGCCUGGAUACCUGUAUGCAGUAGUGACAGGAUUUAGGCCAGGAAGCAUUGUAGUGGAAUAUACAAUUAACGCAGAUGCAGUCAACUCUUCAGUGCUCCAGGCGGCUAAUGCUAAAGUGGAAGCCAAUUUGAGUAAAAGCUACCCUUUAGCUACACCAGCCAUUCAGAAUGUCAUUGAAGGACAGAGUAACCUGAGUGUUUUACCAGUCAACAUCUUUGUUGGAGAUAAAGUAUCUCUUCUAUGCACUGUAAACUCUGCUACUACUAAUGUUAUGUGGUAUUUUAAUGGCACACAAAAAAUUACAUCUACUGCACAAUUCCAGAUUACCAAUAUAACAACAAGUUCUACUUCAGAGUCCAACUUGGUAAUAAAUGGCAUGGCUACGAAUAAUGCAGGAAAUUACAAGUGCAUCUUUGAAAAUUCCUCUGACGUUUAUUCGGUAGAUACAAACAUAACCGUGGCGUCUAUAACCAUGACAGGACCUGAUUCAGUACAAGUUACUUGCAACAACACUGACUAUAAUUUGGUCACUUGUUCCACAGAUGGGAAUAUUAACUCUCUUUCACUUACCUGUUCCUCUGAACCAAACAAAGGUGUUUUCAACAGGUCGAAGUUAUGCUCUCCUGCUACUUGUUGGAAUUAUAUGGUGCAAGCCAAUCAAUACCAGUGCACUGACGGAAUGACAGUAACCUACACAUGUACUUGUUUCACAUCACAUGAAGCUAAGGUCUCUAAAGCCAUCAGGGUCACCUAUUUAAAACCAGUAUCUCAGUUAACAUUGAUUCCUGCAGAAGGUUUUCUCAACAUUUCCGAAGGGCAAUCAAUAUGGUUAGUGUGUCAGAGUUCUAAGGCUGUAUCUGACAUAAUCUGGAAUUUCUCCGGCACCAUUAACACAACUGUUCAAAACACUUUCAUCAGCUAUUAUGCUUUAAAUUUCACGUCUGUGCUUUUUAUUCCAAGUGCGGUCACCAGCUGGCAAGGUACUUUUCAUUGCUCAUCGAAAUCUCUGGCUGCGCAGUCGACCCAAAAGUCUGUAACGGUUGUCAGGCUCAUUCCAAGCUCGCAGAUUGAUAUCAGCCCAGUGGAAACCUUCUAUGAACGUGGCACAGCUACUAACUUCAGCUGCUGUGGUUCGGACAUGUCAAAUUAUACUGCUACUUUGCAGCUUUCAGUAGGAGCAACAAAAAGAACAACAGCUAUGAAAUUAAAUGGCACCUGUUUCAGCCAGACUUACAAUUGUGCCGACUGUGGAAAUUACACUGGCUUCUGCACAAUUAAGAACUCUUUGAAUGAUACCGUUAUCAGCCGUCCCAUGAAAGUGACACUUCGCAAGCAAGAGCUAAUCAAGUGCCAAGACCCACCAGGUAUUGGAGCGCUAGGAGACAUAAUAACGGUCCCUUGUUCUGCCGACAAUAUUAACCUAACUGGAAACAAGAGUUACAGUUGCACUCUGACUGGCUGGGAGCUGAAAUUGCCCAAUAACUGUGUACUGCAAAGUCUCAACAGAUUAGCCAUUGAUGUUGUGAAUCUGACAGGCCCAGCUGGGACAGAACUAUUGCCCUCGUAUGUUGCAAACCUUAGCACCACAGUGACGACAGAGAAAGAAAACAUAACUUCUCAACCAAGCAACAUCAUAACUGUAGUCAAUAUCCUACAGCAAGUGGAGAAAAGUACGACAACUGUACCGCAGGCCGUUAUGCAGAACUUUCUAGAGACUGUCAAUGUGGUUGUAGAUGACGCAUCCAAAAAAGCUUGGCAAGAAAUGAAUGAUAGCACUGAAAGGAGCACCCAGCUGCUUGAAUCUGUGGAGAAAUUUGCCAGAAAACUUCAAAUUGACAAUGGAGACAACAUUUCAAUAACAAACAACUCCAAUGUUCAGUUAGCUGGUAUUGUUUCAAAUCCAUUCAGAAACUAUGCUGAAACCUUUAGUUUCACCCAAGGAAAUAAUUUAUCAGGCAGUGUCCUUAUCCCACAGACUAGCGUGAGCCAAAUGAGGGCUAACACCAGCAUUAUUACCGUUGCCUAUGCAACUUUGAAGGACAUUUUGCAGAACACCUCAACUGAAUUUGUGAAUGGUCUAGUCAUGACAACAGUUCUCUCCACCUCAGUACCCACCAAUUUUAAAAUUUUAAUGAACUUUAAGAAGAGCAAUCAGACAUUAGACGAUCUAAAAUGUGUUUUCUGGAAUUUGAAAACAAAUAACUGGGACAAUACCGGGUGCCGAGGAUUAAACGAUGAUUCUAACGCGUCGUGUGAAUGUGAUCAUUUGACUUCCUUUUCAAUUCUGAUGUCCUAUAAACCAGUGAUUAAUCUCAUACUGGAUUAUAUUACUUACAUUGGCUUGGCUAUUUCAAUUAUCAGCUUGUUGAUUUGCAUCACGAUUGAAGGACUAAUAUGGAAGUCAGUGACCAAGAACAAAACUUCCUACAUGCGCCAUGUUUGUUUGAUGAACAUAGCCGUAUCGCUCCUUCUUGCAGAUAUUUGGUUUAUUAUUGGUGCAGCCAUAACCACUCUGCUGAAAUCAGAGGCCACGAAUGUCGCUAACACCAACGCCUGUGUGGCUGCAAUAUUUUUCACUCACUUUUUUUACUUGUCAUUAUUUUUUUGGAUGUUAACUAUGGGACUCAUACUGUUCUAUCGACUCGUCUACGUCUUGCAUGAUAUGAGCAAAAGCCGCAUGAUGACGAUCGCAUUCACCAUGGGUUAUGGCUGCCCUCUUCUUAUAGCCAUUAUUACGAUUGCAGUCACACAAUCGAGUAAAACAUAUAUGAAUGGCAACGCUUGCUGGCUCAACUACAGUGACAGCAAAGCCUUCGUUGCAUUCGUCUUGCCAGCACUGACCAUUGUCCUUGUCAACUUCAUCAUCCUUGCGGUUGUCAUCGUUAAACUUCUCAGGCCCUCAGUUGGAGACAAGCCAAAGAAGGAAGACAAGAGUACAUUAAUACACAUUGGGAAGAGCAUAGCCAUCCUGACACCUCUGUUAGGUCUUACCUGGGGUUUUGGUAUCGCAACGAUUAUAGCUCCCGAAGAAAUAUGGGUCCUUGGUAUUUUUUCAGCACUCAACUCUCUUCAGGGGCUGUUUAUUCUGCUGUUUGGGUGUUUGCUCGACAAAAAAGUCCGUGAUUCGCUGCUCAGCAGAUUCUCAUUGUCAAGGUGGAGUUCACAGCAGACAAAGACUUCCCAUGUUACUUCAUCAGAUAAUCAGAUCCCCAAAGGAAUCUUCAACAUUUUUGCCAAAAAAGGUGCCUACAAUAUUUCUUCUGCCCAGAGGAGUUCUUCAAGUGAAACGCCAUCAAAUUCCUACUCCUUACUCACCUGAAAAUGAGACAGUGCCAUUUUCCUUGUAUACGCCCAAAUACAUUUUUGGGACACUUUUAAGAUAUUCUGUAUGCACUUUAUUGUUUAUUGUCAUUGACUUUGUGUGUUACUGUCAUGUCCAGCUGUCGGGUUCAAUACCUUUUUCACUGUAAAAUAUUGCAGACCGAGUUACCGCUUUCCAAUUCUCUGCAAAGAUAGACAUCUAGCUUGUUCUGGGGUUUAUUGGGGCUUCAUAUGACAGUAGAAGCAUGGGAGGGGGUAUCUGUCACCCUGUUAUUUUAAAUAUGCUUAAGAAUUUCUGAAAGAGACAACUGAAGGCUGCUAUUGUCUAUGUUUUAUGGAGAAUUGGUGAAAACACCUUGACCCCUCUCCCCAUGUUUAGUCUAAACUUUGCAGAAUAACAUGUUCAUUAAUGAUUAUUGUGUAAAGAAAAACUAUAAUGUAAGUGUUAAUGUUCCUUACCAGUUUGGAUUAUUUUAUUCCUCUUCCUUCUGGGAAGGAACAUACUAUUAAAGUGUAUUAUGCUGAGAAUUAUAGAUAUAGAGUAGAUUCUUCUAUUUCCCGCAUGGGCAUCAAGUUCAAGUCUAAUGGAUGUCCUUCUCAAGGUGGAGCAAUUGAAGCAUAUUUAUUUUUUUAAAUGUUCCUUUUAGCUUAUGACGGAGCCACCUGGAUACAAAAGGGGAUAUUCCUAAAUCAGUUUGGGCUGGUGCAAUUGACAAUGUAUAUAUUUUUGCCAGUUCUAAUCCACUAGUUGUUAAAACAGAAGAUCUGUGUUACAUUAGCCUGGUUUAUAUGUAUCACCUGAACACCUGUUGAUAUGUUUUUUUGUAUGUUAAACAAAGUUAUAAAUUAUUUAAAGAGCUACUAUGAACUUGUUGGACUUCUAAACUGCCAGCUUGUUCCUUGGUUCUGAAUCUUGGUUUGUUACCGUGUUGGGUUCACUUAACAGCUAUAAGCAUUGCAUAUAUGCAUACUCUUUAGGGUACACGUAAAGGUGUUUAAUCAUUCCUCCUGUAAUUUAUUUAUUACUUAUGUUUGUAAAGAAAAUUAAAACCAGUAUCCACUCAC